AGUAAGUUCAUUCGUUAACCAACUCUCAUCGGGUGCGGACGUGCGUUCGUUUGUUGCGCUCCGCCUUAAAGCAAAGCUAAUUCCGCUUUAUCAAAACGAGAAAACGUUGAUAUAGAAUAGAAUAGAAAUUCGACCGAACAUUCUGCUGGAAACGUGUUGCGUGAUUGUGUAUACUCUUCUGAACGCGUGCGAUUACUAGUGAAAACGGGAAAAAAGCUUGCGUUUGUAGCCCAAAAUCAUCACACGCGCAAUUACGCAAGGAAAACCAAGUCAGAGCCUGCUAUUCGCGUUCACACAGAGAACAUUUGCUCGCUCGUUGUACUAUCAACCCGCCCCGGUGUAUGUGGUGAAAAUCGUGCAAAACCCAAGCAUGCUGUGAAGUUGCGAGUUUGUGUGUGUGCGUGUUGAAUCCGAGGGAAAAUCGAAUCCUUUUCGAGAAGGGAAAAAGCAAGGAAAAAGCCCGGAGAUAUCCCAUAAUGAAGAAACCGUGUUGCUGGAAGUGAGAUGCGAUUGUGUUGUGCUGGUGGCGCGUGUGAAAGCGAUUGUUGGCGUGGUGGAAAACCCGGCGGUGGUGCUGGUUGCUUACCGGGUGGCACAAAACCAUGAUGCUGUCCGUGCUGGUAGCGUCCUUCCACACACCGACGAGAGGAAAAGCAGCAGCAGUUAAGCAGUCGUCCGCAUUGAGGAAAAGUUUCUAGGCACACACACCUUGGGCGUCCUUUCGCGGUUUUCCGUUUUCCGUUCCGUUUGUGUUUUUGUUUUUUGGUUUUGUUCGAAAUUUUUCCGUUCCGUGUGUGUGAUCCUUUCGGUUUCAACAUUUUCCGCACCGUGUUACUUGUGCCGUGUGUGUAUGUUUUAGUGUGCAUAUGCCUCGCCCACCUUCGAAAGCCAAGCGUGCCGUCGUGCUUCGCAGGAAAAGUUUUGACCAAACGUAUUUCGUGCUAUUUUCAAAAAAAGAGGGCCGUCAUCACAAAUAAAGGCUGCUGUGUGUACUGAUGUGUGUGCGGGUACAUGUGCGCGUGUGUGUUUGUGUGAAUAUUGUCCUGUGGCAAAGGCCACCAACGUAUAGAAAUCGUCGGAAGUGAGUGUAGAGUGUAAUAGAGAGAGAAAGAGGAAGGUCCCUUUUCUGUGGACUUCAACGUCACAAUAAAAUGAAGCAGUUCCUGAAGUUGGUAGUGCUGUUGGUGGCGUUGGUCACCGUGACCGUGGCCCGUUCGAACCUGAUGAACCGUAUGGAUGUGGCCCCCCGUGGCUGCAAGUGGCAGCGAGUGUUGGACGAAACGGGCGAAGAGGAUGCCCAGGCCACCGUGACUACGGUGCUGUCCUGCAAGCUGAAAACGAUCGGCGGCACGGACACGCUGAUGCGCAAUCUGUCCUCGUACCAGAUCGAACGCAUCAAUUCGCUGCGGCUCGAGUGCAGCGACAUUCUGUUCUUCGAAAGUUCGCUCGAAGCGAACCAACAUUCCGGAGCGUUUCUCGGUUCGCUGCGGCGUCUGCGGGACCUCAAGAUUGAGUACUGCAAGAUCAAGUACGUGCCUUCGAUGGUGCUGGCGACACUACGUGACCUCCGGUCGCUGUCCCUCCGCACGCACAACACCGACUGGUCGGCGAUGAACCUGGAGUUCCAUCCGGAAAGCUUCCGGGGACUGACGGAGCUGAAGCGGCUCGACCUGGCCGACAACAACAUCUGGAGCCUGCCGACGGACGUGUUCUGUCCGCUGUUUUCCCUGCGCCAUCUCAACCUGACCCGCAACCGGCUGACGGAUGUGUCCCAGCUUGGGUUCUCCGACUGGGGCAACGGACCAACGGCACCGGGGAAGGCAUGCAACACCGGGCUGGAGGUGUUGGAUCUGUCGCACAACGAUCUGCUCGCCCUGCCCGACAACGGGCUGUCCUCGCUCCGUUCGCUCAGUGUGCUGAUGCUGCAGAACAAUCUGCUGACCGCGCUUGCCGACCGGUCCUUCGUUGGGCUCGGUUCGCUUAAAGUGCUCAACAUGUCCAGCAACAAACUGGUGGCACUGCCACCGGAAACGUUCCAAUCGACGCGCGAACUGCGACAGAUCUAUCUGCAGAACAACUCGCUUUCGGUGCUGGCACCGGGCAUGCUCGAAGGUCUCGACCGGCUAGAGAUCCUGGACCUUUCCUACAACGAGCUAACGUCCGAGUGGGUGAAGCGAAACACGUUUGCCGGUAUGAAGCGGUUGGUGGUGCUGGAGAUUGCCCACAACGCGCUCACCAAGAUCGAUCGGCACGUGUUCCGGGAGCUUUACAGUCUGCAGAUUCUCAACCUGGAAGCGAACCAGAUUGAAUCGAUUGCGGAUAACGCGUUUAGCGAUCUGAAGAAUCUGGUAGCGCUCACGCUGUCCCACAACCGGCUAAAACGUAUCGAGCAGCAUCACUUUUCCGAGCUUUACGUGCUGAACCAGCUGUAUAUUGAGUCGAACAUGAUUGAAUCGAUGCAUGGACGAGCGCUGGAGAAUCUGACCAACCUGAACGAUCUGAACCUGAAUGACAACCGGCUGACGGAGAUUCCGGAAGGAUUGGGCAAGCUGCGGUUCCUGAAAUCGCUCGACCUUGGCAAGAACCGUAUCAGCGCGGUCAGCAACGCUUCGUUCGAGGGUCUAGAGCAGCUGCUCGGCUUGCGGCUGGUGGAGAACCGCAUCACUAACAUCUCGCGGGAUGCGUUCGUGACGCUGUCAUCCCUGCACGUACUUAACCUCGCCUCGAACCAAAUCCGUCACAUCGACCAGUCGGCGUUCAGUUCCAACCCAACGAUUCGUGCGAUUCGAUUGGAUAACAAUGAUCUGGAAGAUAUUAGCGGUGUGUUUACGUCGCUACCGGCACUGGUGUUCCUGAACGUGUCCGACAACCAGAUCCGUCUGUUUGACUAUUCGCAUUUCCCAGUCUCGCUCGAGUGGCUCGAUAUGCAUCAGAACAAUAUUACCGAGCUCGGCAACUAUUACGACCUAAACAAUCUGCAGAUAAAGAUGCUGGAUGUGUCCUUCAAUCGGUUAACGUCGGUGGAUGCGAAAUGCAUCCCCGAUAGCAUCGAGACACUCUUCCUCAACAAUAACGCUCUGGAAGAGGUGGCUGCCGGUACGUUCCUCUCCAAACGCUCGCUGGAGAAAGUGGUCCUGUACGGGAACUACCUGCGGAAGUUGGAAAUCGGUGCCCUGGCGUUGACCCGCGUUGCCGAUGACCGUGAAGUGCCGGCGUUCUACCUGGGCGACAACCCGAUCCACUGUGACUGUACGAUGGAGUGGCUGCAGGGCAUCAACAAGCUGGCCCAUCUCCGGCAGCAUCCGCGCGUUAUGGAUCUCGACACGGUCCUCUGCACGAUGGAGCACGAACGCGGGGCAAGCAUCCGGCCGCUGAUGGAUCUUCGACCGCACGAUUUCCUGUGCCGGUACGAGACGCACUGUUUCGCCACAUGUCACUGCUGUGAGUUUGAUGCGUGCGAUUGCAAGAUGACGUGUCCGGACCGGUGCAGCUGUUACCACGACCACACGUGGAAGGCGAACAUAGUGGAUUGCGGCAGUGCCGAUUACACCGAGGUGCCGGAACACAUCCCAAUGGAUGCGUCCACCAUCUAUCUGGACGGGAACGAGCUGCGGCAGCUUGCCAGCCAUCAGUUCAUCGGGAAGAAAAAGCUGGAAGUGCUGUACCUGAAUGGUAGCAACAUCCGGGACGUGCACAACCGUACGUUCAAUGGGAUUCCGAGCCUGCGGGUGCUCCAUCUCGAGAACAACUACAUCAACGAGCUGCGCGGGUUCGAGUUCGAUCAGCUGACGAACCUGAACGAGCUGUACCUGGACCACAACGCGAUCGGGUUUGUCGGCGAGCGUACGUUCGAGAGCUUGCGGUUUCUGGAGGUGAUUAACCUGAACGAUAACCGCAUCAGUGAGUUCCGACCGUGGCAGGCGUUUGCGGCGGCCACCGAGACCGGUUCCCUUGCCCGGGUGUCCUUGGACGGGAAUCGGUGGCGGUGUGACUGUGAGUCCUUGCGCCGGCUACAGCGCUGGAUUCGUGGUGUUAGUGGCAACUUCGAUCUGCAGCGGAUGGUGUGCGCUGAUAGUCGGGUUGUGGCUGACGCUAUCGCGUCCUGUGACAGCCGGCAACCGGGAACGUUCGGUGGAGAUCUCGGCGCGGGUGAGGUUGAUGGUGAGGGCCCGCCGGCUGUCCAUCGGACGGUUCUGCUUGGGCACGGACUGAUUGGUGGAGGGUACGUUCCUCUGCUGGCGGCAAUCCUCGUUGCCAUCAUCGGUACGGCGCUGAUCGUGGCGUUGGCGUGUGUCUUCCGGCAGGACGUGAGGUUGUGGGCACAUGCACGUUACGGUGUCCGGUUGGUGAAGGACCCGAUAAUUGUCGGCGCUGGACGGAAGGAGGCCGAUUCGGACCGUCUCUACGACUGCUACAUGGUGCACAGUGUCCACGAUAGCGAUUUCGUGGGUCGGCUGCUUGGUGCUGAGCUGCAGCUCCACGGGUACUCCGUGUGUCUUCAUCAUCGGGAUGUCCAUCCAGGUGCGUUCCUUGCAGACUCGUUACAGGGUGCAGCUGAUGCUGCCCGCAAACUGCUGCUCGUCGUCUCGAUGAACUUCCUGCAAACCGAAUGGUCUCAGCCACAGUUCCGUGUCGCGCUGCAGUCCGUUAUUGAGAGCAUUCGGCCCGCCCAUCGUCGCCAUAAGAUCGUGCUGGUGCUUACCGCCCCUGUGGAGAUAGUGGCGAUGGACCCGAUCAUGCAUCUGCUGAUCCGCACCUGCACCGUGGCGUGCUGGGGCGAGCGCAAGUUCUGGGACAAGCUCCGGUACGCGCUGCCGGACGUGCCGAAGGACCGAGUACCGGCCAAGCUCGGUGACAUCACCCGCAGUCCGGCCAAUCUGCGCUACACACCUGCCCCGACGUCGCUGGAGCAGUGGUGCAAGAUCAGCCCGGGUGAAGGAGGCAACGGCGGCGGCGGCGGCGGGGUCGUGGUACCGCCCGGUGGGCCCGUCCCGGUCCCGGUGGCCAUCCCGCAGAGCACUCCAUCCCAAAGCACCUGCAACACGGAGGACGAAUCGUCGUCGUCCGCAUCCUCACAACACUACGAGGCUCCGAUGAGUCAGCACUACAACAUGAGCCGAUCCAGUGCCUCGCUUGGUCACGUGUACUCCACGAUACCGGAGACGCCCCAGAUGGGGCGCAACGGAAGAGCUUACUUUGUGUAAAAAAAAGGACGCGGGAGUGAAGAAGGCGGCUUCUUCUGCUUCUUCUUCGUUCGCCUAUGUUUUUAAUGUGUUUUCCCAAAAAAAGAAGCGAAGAAGAAAUCGCGCGUUUGUACAUAACUACUAGUAUCGAAUUCAACCUAGCACUAUAGACACGCAUAUUACGAAGAUAGGGAAGUUGAGUAAGAGAAAGGAAAAACGGUUACGACAACAUUACUACACUUAGUCAACACACGCUAUUACAAAGGCGCAGAGUCAAUUUUGUUGAUUUUUAGUUUAAACGUAAGUUAAAAAUGCGAAUAAGAUUGCUAACGUGGUAUAGACACACAAACACACACUCGCCCUAAUAACGUUAACGAUGAUCUCUUUGGCCAGCUAGAAUCGAUGAGGAGAAGGGGGUUGGGGAGAUUUUUUUUUCUGUUCUUUUUUGGCGCGAAGCUGGUGGUCGCGAAGCUGGUGGUCAAAGGGAGUCUUGUGGUAUUCUAAUUCUUCCGAGAGUCUAGGAUAACUGUUACUGAUUUAAUUCCGCGCCAUUCCUGCUCUGAUUUGCCAAAUAUAUAUUUCAACAGCGUGUUUUAAUGAGGGGCGGAAGACAAAAAAGGAAAAAAAAAAAACGAAACACGGACCAUAGGGGGGAGAUGCGCGAGAAUGCGUGUCGCACUUGUACUGUGAGAAGAUUAUAUUAGGGCUAAAUAUAUAUAUAUACAUACAGAUAGAAAUGACUUAAAAUGAUGAUCGUGAUACUAGUUUUUACAUGGCCUUCCAUCAGUGCGCUCCUUCGAGCCGCUCGUGCUCGGAGCGCUGACUUAACACUCGAAACACACUCAACACACAAAACAACGUACAUUCGUAUUAAGCACAACCGCCUAACGUUUAAGUAAGUAAGAAUUGCAUAAUUGUACUUUAUCGUGUCGUCCCACCUUACCCCCGUCGUGGAGGUGACUGUGUGUAUGUUGGGUGUGGUGUGUUUGUGUUGUAUCUGGCAGCAGGGCUCGACGUGCAAAAAGGGUUUUAAGGGUUUCUAGCCAUACACAACCAUCACCCAUUUUACGUUUGUCCAGUCUGUUUCUCUCCGGUAAUUGUGCUCUCAUCCCACACACCCCAGAGUUUUUGCGUCAUUACACGUGUUCGUUGAACGGUGGUGGUCAGAGUGUAGUCCUCCUGAGCCUGGGAAAAGUUUCGGGGAAAGUAGUAAUGAUGAGAGCAUCUAUUAGCUUCACAUUAGAAGAAGGGGAGGCCCGUUGUGCGGUGAAUGAAGUUGGUGCCAUUUUGGAGAGAAGAAAAGGAAAAUUAUCCCCACCUCCCUCCCCGCCAUUACACGUGCACACAGAACUGACCAAUUUGAAAAAGAAAACCAGAGGUGGAAAAACAUAGUCUGAAAAAAUCUGAGCUGGAGCUACAUUUAUUGCCAUAGAGGGAGCGGGAGACAAGUUGCAAAGAAUUACAGGAAAAAA